AAACAGCACCACCUCAAUGCUUUGUACCAAUCCUCUUGUCCACUCGGGACUGUCAGUAGAGCGCUGCUGAUUAAAAGGCAACUUGGACAUCUGUUUGAGUUCAAGAGAACUCAAGAUGCGAAAGAAAAUAAACUAAAAUGAAUUAUGUAUGAGAAAUCAACUGCAAAAGAAGCCAGAAGAUCUUGACCAGGAAUAACUCCAAGCUCCAAAUACUGGAUAGAUAUCCACUGUCAGAGACCUGAAGAUGAAGACCGGAGUGGUGCAAAUCUGGGCUUUCUUGAUGACGGUCAUGGGCUGGAUCUUUGUGGCCUGCACUAUGGCCAUGGAAGGGUGGAAGAUCUCGUCCAUGGGGGGCAUGGGCGGCUCCUCUAUCAUCAAGGUUGCCUGGUACUGGGCCAGUUUAUGGAGAGCUUGUUUCACGGAUUCGACUGCUGUCAGCAACUGUUAUGAUUUCCCUGUCCUCUGGUCUGUGGAGGGCAACAUCCAGAUAGUAAGAGGUCUGCUGAUGGGAGCUCUUUCCUUGGGCAUGCUUGGAUUUGUACUCAGUCUGUUGGGAAUGGAAUGUACUUUCAUUGGAGGACAAGACCAAUCCAAGUACAGGAAGAUCUACACUGGUGGAUGGUGCCACAUUGUCAGUGGCGCCCUGUCCAUAUCUGGGUAUGCUGUAUAUGCACAGUUCGUCUCAAUCGAGUACUUCAACCCAAACUUUGCUGGAAUAAAGUAUGAUCUCGGGACCCCGCUGUUCCUCGGCUGGGUGGGCUCAGCCUUUCACAUGGCUGGGGGUUUCUUCUACUUGUGGUCCGUGUGCAAACCGCUCUGCGGGGGUGCAGAAACGAUUAUCAACAUUAAAGCACAGCUAGACCCAGAGCAAAAUAAGUCCACCACAGCGCUGUCCACAGUAUCAGGGAUCACCUCCAAAACCAAAAUGUCUUCCGUCUCUGCGUUGUCAUCCAGAUCCGAGGGUUCGGAUCUCUCGUCCACCUACACCAAAUCAGAGCGCACAUCCAAAUCAGGACGCACAACCAGGUCAGGGCGGACCGCCCGAACCGAGAAGACCGCACGGUCCGGAUCAGAAGUGGGAUCUAAAUCCGGAUCGAGCUCGGGAUCUGAGUCAAAGUCUGGUUUAUCCUCAGUGUCCAGCCUGUCUACGUCGUCGGCGUCGAGGAGCAGCAGCCGCAGCACCAGCCGUGCAGCAUCCUCCCUGUCAGCCAGACUGAGGACUGAAGAAAGACCAUUUGUCAAAAACUCUUACAUUUGAAUUAAUUUGAUUAAUAAGUGAAUGUGAUGAACAGUGGGUUGUACGGAAGACUAUUAGGGCCAUGCAGGAGAAAAAUAUUUGAGAGGGGAAGAUUUUUUUUUAUUGUGCACUUCGAGAAAAAAAGUCUAAAUGUCGAGAUUAAGGUUCAAAUACAAUUUCAAGA